AUGACCAUCAUCCUUUUUUUGGUUGAUACUUCCGCGUCCAUGUGCCAAAAAGCACUGGUCGGCGGAGUGAAGAAAUCAUACCUGGAUAUAGCGAAGGGAGCGGUGGAAACGUUCUUGAAAAUUCGCCAACGGUCCCAGGACUGCGUAGGUGAUCGUUAUAUGCUGCUAACAUUCGAAGAUCCGCCCAACAACGUAAAAGCAGGAUGGCAGGAGAACCACGCGACGUUUAUGAACGAGCUGAAAAAUCUGCAAAGCAACGGUCUUACUUCGAUGGGUGAGGCGUUGAAAAAUGCGUUCGAUUUACUCAAUCUGAAUCGCGCUCUUUCCGGCAUCGAUACCUACGGGCAGGGCAGGUGCCCGUUCUACCUGGAACCGUCGAUCAUUAUCGUGCUUACUGAUGGCGGAAAGUAUGCGUUCCGAAACGGUGUGCAGCAUGAACUUAUCCUGCCGCUGAACGCACAAACGCCCGGUACGAAGCUUACCAAGGAACCUUUCCGAUGGGAUCAGAGACUGUUCUCGCUUGUACUGCGGAUGCCGGGCAAUCGUGUGGACGAGCGACUGCAAGGCAAAGUGCCACACGACGAAUCAAUGAUAGAAAAAAUGUGCGAAGUAACUGGCGGCAGAUCGUACAAAAUUAAAUCGCACUACGUGCUGAAUCAAUGCCUUGAAAGCCUGGUCCAAAAGAUUCAACCGGGUGUUGUGAUUCAUUUUGAACAAGUCAUUGCAAAGAGCGGGGUCCGUGCGAUCGAUAUUCAGCCUACUAAAUGCAUGAUUUACGUGCCAAAACAAAAUCCUUCGCAGAAGACGUUUCCCGUGCGAUAUUGGCCGAUACCGGAACCAUAUUGGCCCGAUCCCAAGUUAACCAGCCUGCCGCCUCGAGAUGCACACCCGAGGGUUAAGGUGAUUUGGCCGAGCUGCGAUGAGCCGCAGGUGUUGCGUAAUUUUCCGAUCGACAGAUACGAAGUUGAAACAUGUCCACUCACGGCACACAUUAUAUCGAUGAAGGAAACAAACAAAGUAUGGCCACUGGUUAUAGCGACGGGGGUGCAGGGCGAAAUGCCUUUUGGUUACUUGAAGGCCAGCAACACGCAUCCCUCCCUGGUGCAUCUCUACGUGAUGCCGUAUAACUAUCAAAUGAUAGUGUCUUUGGUCAACGAUCUGGUUGACAAGUUCAACUUCAACCCACCGACCGAGUGGGUGUAUAAAUUCUCCAACUAUGUGAAAACAAUUCCACAGUACUACUGUCCUUUCUUAAGGCGAGCUCUUGUCACUGCGCUUAACGUUCCGCACCAGUUGCUUCAAUACAUACUACCCGAAAGCUUUGACAGUUAUCUGAGUCCAUCGGUUGCAAAUUAUUUGAAGCACAUGAAAAAUACUGCCCAACAGGCUCAGAAGCACCUUUGCCUGCGGGUUUUGAAGCAGCUUAAAGAACCGAAACAACCGUUUCGUCAGAUUGAAACAGUAACGAUAAAAGCGAGCGUGCAGCGGAAGCGUGACAUUCUUUCGCACCCGAUGCUCAAGGACACCUUCACCAAAAUGCAUAUGGAAAUCGAUAAUUAUGAUAAUUUCUCGAUUAUGAUACCCAGUACCGUACGUACCGCGACUACUAGUAACUGCCGUAAUCCUUAUGACAUAACCCGACGAGAGUUGUUCGAUGGGCUGGCUCGAAUGAGACAGUGUUUCUUCCGCUUGUUAACGGGAAAUAUUACCCUGUUCACAAAAGAUUCUGGCCACUGCAUGCCGAUCUCUAACAUGGGUCACUACCAAGACUACCUCAAGAAUAAACCAACGUCGCUGCGGCAGCUAGAACCAACCGAUGUUUGCCAGCACUUGUUCGGAAAUCCUUGUAAGAAAAAUAAAAGGAUAGUAAUGGUGGACGAGGCGGAUCUUAACGAUGUGGGGUCGCUGAAAUCAGUGCCCUCCGAUCAGGGCGAUGAAAAGAACACUGCGUCCCGAAUGAAAGACCGAAAGCGAAAGGCUGGUCCUAUCCAUAAAGACUAUGUGUAUAAGAGAUUGGUGCCGUCUAAUAGAUGUUCUGCGCUUGAGGUUAAGUCAGAACUAACUACGACUGAUUGCGGUAGCGGUAGUGGAACUACGUCCGACUCGGAACGUUUAGUAGUUUUGCAUGCUGACACGGGUGAAGUACCCGCAACGAGCGUUUCUUUCCGAGAAAACUCCCACUACAUUGCAGCGCUCAAAGAAAUGUUUGCAGUUGAAAUGAAUGCUUACUCUCGAGAGAGUCAGCAUGAUGUUACAACGAAGCAAGGUCCGGCUGAUAGAGUAGUUGCUCAAUUAAGCGUUCCUGCUAUCAGUAUCCAGACAGUUGUCGUUGAUAGUCCUUUGAUCAAUUCAUGUCCACAUUUUGUUCAAAGAGAUUCUUCUUCGCGGAUAAAUGAAGAGGAGGGCAUCAAAUGUGCCCAAGUUGAUCAAACUUCAUGCCUGAAAACAUCUCCAGUGUCCGAUGAUUCCCCUUUCCAAGUAGCCCCUAUCGAAGAGCCGCCCGAUGAGAAAGAACCUACCGAGUGUCGAACGGUAGAUCCGGUGGAAGUGCACUCAGUGAGAGUCGAACAGCAUGCACAGUAUGAAUCACACCAAACCUUGGAUCAGUUCAAGCAGCAGCAACAAGAAGAAAUACCAUCUCAAGAGCAACCUAUUAUUUUGCCGGCUCCUGAACUACUCCCGCAACUUAAGCUAGAACAUGGCCAUUCGUUAUCGAUAACACGGCCACAGCUACCGUCCAAUAAAAGCUCAAUUUCGAUGUCAUCUGCUGAAGACGUUGCCGAUAUGAGCGAUGUGCUCAAUAAAUCUAACAUUAUCAAAACCUGCCGCAAUGAGGACAAUGCUACCGAAGAAAAAAGGCAGACCAACUGA